CGCACAUGCGCGUACCCCAUGAUCAGUUCGCUCAAGCUCAGUCAGUUGCGUGUGUCGUUACGAUUUAGUCAUUUACCAUGUAUAAUCAUUCAAAGUCUCUCGAGUCUAUUAUGGACGGAUGGAACUAUAGCAUCCAAUUGAACCGAUGGUUCCUGAAACCAGUCGGCGCGUGGCCUCUGACACUUUGCGAGACCACGAUGGAGAAGAUCAGCUGCGUGAUUUUGUCAAUGAUCAGCUGUUUCCUGAUAUGUUUUUUGCUCGUUCCGUGCACUCUCGGCACCAUUCUUGUUGACAGCGACCUUGAUAUGAAAAUCAGAAUGAUCGGUCCAAUCAGUUUCUUCCUAAUGGCCGUGGUAAAACAAUAUAUUCUCAUCGCCCGCAGCGAACGUAUCACUGAAUGCAUUCGACACAUUCGCGCAGACUGGAAUAGAAUCACACUGAAUCGCGAAAAGGACCGACAGAUCAUGUUAGACAAUGCCAAGUUUGGCAGAUGGCUUUCUUUCGUCAGCGCAGUUUUCAUGUAUUCCGGUGGCUUCUUUUAUACCACGCUGAUGCCACUCUGCGCGAAAAGAACGGAAAUAAUCGAUAACGAGACAGUGAGAUUAUUGUCCUUUCCGAUCUAUCGUGGCCUCCUCGAUCCACGAACCAGUCCGUCUUUUGAGAUCGCUCAGUUCACGCAAACUCUAGCAGGUUACGCCAUUUACACCCUCACUAUCGGUGUCUGCAGUUUGGCUGCGGUAUUCGUCAUGCACGCUUGCGGUCAAUUCCGGAUUCUUAUGCUAAAGCUGGAGAAUCUUGCGGAUGGAAAGGAAAGAAAGAGUGGAAAAACACCUGAAGAAAGACUCAGCGACAUUAUACAAUAUCACAUCAGAAUAUUAAGUUUUAUAACUCGUACAGAGGAAUUAUUAAAUGAGAUUUUCUUCGUGGAUGUAGUGGGAUGUACGCUCAAUAUAUGUUUCUUGGGAUUCAAUAUGAUGACGGAAUGGGAACAUCGUGAAACUUUAGGAACGAUGACAUUCUGCUCGUUACUUAUAUCUUUCACGUUCAAUAUAUUUAUUCUUUGUUAUAUUGGAGAACUCCUUGCCGAACAGUGUACACAAAUUGGCAUAAAAUCUUACAUGAUAAACUGGUAUUAUUUACCGAAUAAAGGUGCGCUCGGUUUAAUAUUAGUAAUGUCCAUGUCCAAUACCACGCUUAAACUCACAGCAGGAAAAUUUAUGGAAUUAUCUUUGGCCAGUUUUUGCAGCAUUAUGAAAGCAGCCAUGGCUUAUCUAAAUUUACUUCGUACUUUUUACGUCUAAUAAAGUCGGCAGUAUUGUUCCUAAAAUAUAGAUUUAAUACAAAUUAAAUAUACGUUAGCAUAUCAAUAUUC